CUGGGCUGAAGCUUGGGGUCCCACAGCUUCUUUCUCCUCCCACAGUCACUGCUGCUGCUUCUUCAGCUUUGCCGCAUGCACAAUGCAGCCCCCGAGCCUCCUCCUCUUCCUCUUUCUCCCGAGCCUCCUCCCUGGGAUGUGGGCAGACCCAGAGGCACAGCCAGAGGUUAUCCAGUACCUCCUGACUGGCGUCUUUGCCAACAUCAGCUCUGCUGAGGUGUCAUGCGUGGUUCUCGUAGAGGACAUACCCGUCAUAGCACUGCACCCGGCCAACUGGAGCGUCCACUUCCACUGGCCCUGGGUCAGCCAGGCUGCAGCUGAAGGCGAGGGGGAAAAGUUGAUGUCCCAGUACAAAAUUGGUCUGCGCAAUAUGAUCCGAUUUGUGCACGACAUGGUUCAGCAGACAAAACAGCACUACCCAGUGGUGGUCCAGUCCCGUGCAGGCUGUGUGCUGUACCCCAAUACGACAAGACAGGGCUUCCUGAAUGUCGGCUGGGGUGGCAGAGACCUCGUAGCUUUUGAGGUAGACAAACAGCACUGGGAAGUCCAGCAAGCAUCCCAGGUGGCAGAGCUGGUCAGCAAGAGGCUUAACAAGCAGAAGUCCGUCACAGUGCUCCUGGAGCACCUUCUCGCCACCUGGAUGUGCCACAACAACUUCGUCACCCUGAAGAAGUAUGGGAGGGAAAUUCUGGAGAGACAAGAGCUGCCCGUGGCCACGGUCUUCGCCCGCACCCCCAGCCCAGCCCAGCUGCUGCUUGUUUGCCAUGUCACUGGCUUCUACCCCCGUCCCAUCAGUGUGGCCUGGCUGCGGGAUGGGCAGGAGGUGCCCCCGGGCCCGGCACUCAACACCAGCAGCAUCCUGCCCAACGCUGACCUCACCUACCAGCUCCGCAGUGUCCUGGCCGUGACCCCCCGUGACGGGCACAGCUACGCCUGCCGUGUGCGCCACCGCAGCCUGGGCACCCGCAGCCUCCUCAUCCCAUGGGAAAAUGGCAGCCGAGCUCCAACCAUCAGCAUCACCAUUGCAGUGCUGCUUCUUGUGGCCACAGCCUCUGCUGGGGGAUUCUGGUGGUGGAAGCGCAGGAAGGGUAACGAGGCUGCAUGGGAUACCCAGGAAUUCAUCAUUUGAGGCCUGGUUCUGCACACAGAAACAACUGCUUGCUCUCCUUUCUUACUUCAUGUCCCACCUCUGACCUAUCAGCACUGACACGGUUUUGUUCUGGAAAACCACGGCAUUAAACAGCUACGAACUUCCCCUGAUGCAUGUGACUCCUGUGCUUCUCAGCCCUUCUUCCCCCUCAGGAGCUUUUCUCAGGAAACUCCUCAGUGCACUGCAGAGACUCUGUAUUACAGCCAGAGGUUGGUCUCCACCUGGCAUGUCAGGAGAAGCCAGUCCUCUGACAGCCUCUCCCACAUCUCUCUAUGGCCAGUGUCUGUUCCUAGGCCAGACCACUGUGGGGCUGCUGAGUGAGAUGUGGUAUGGAGCAGGCCACAAAUCAGGGAGAGAUGGAGAGAUGUGAGCUCUUUCCAAGGGAAGAGAAGGGGAAGGGAGGACCCAAGUGACACCCCUGAGACAUUUGAGCACAUUGAGCUGCUCCAUUUCCAGGGCUGAUCUCACCCUCAGCCCAGAAUGAUUUUAGAUCAGGAUCUCCUCCACUUCCGACUCCUGCCCCCAUGCCUGCCUCCUGUCUCUGUAAAAGCUGGAAGAAGAAGGCAUUGUCACCCUUCUCCUACGCCUGACAGUCAUGAAAGAGCCAUGCUGAGGCUCUGGGAGACUCUGAGGAACACAGCCCACAGCAGGAUGUGCAGUGAGGAUUGUCAUCAAUUCAUUAUGUAUUGUCUGUCCCAGUGUGGAGUCCCACCCGCAGGAGACUGUCUUCUAUAAACGUCUCCAGCGUGGGUCCUGUCCAUGGGCUGCAGUUCUUCAUAAACUGCUCCAGCAUGAGUCCUUUCUAUGGGUUCAGGAACGCUGCUCCAGCCUGGCUUCCCCUCAGGGUCUCAGGUUCUGACAGGAAUCUGCUCCAGCGCAGUGUCUCCAUCGGGUCACAGUCUCUGUUCUACGGCACUGGGCUCCACCACAGGCUGCAGGUGCAUCUCUGCAGGUGCGGACCUUCAUGUGCUGCCGCAGGCCAGCGGGGCC